AUGAACAAUAACAAGUUUGCAUUUUUAGACCAAGAGCCACCUCCAGGAUACGUGGCAGGUGUUGGUAGAGGUGCUGUGGGGUUCAGUACUGUCAAAAACACUCGUAAUAAGAAUUCUCAAACGGAGGACACAGAUGAUAAUGAGAAUAAUGCUAAUCAAGAUGUAAAUGAAAGUGGAUUGUUAGUAUCCCAAUCAAAAAGAGAUGAAGGAGAUGAAGAGGCUGAUCGCAUAUUUGAGGAAAUUGAAAACAGAUUAAAGUCUCGUCGAAAGCACAAUACAGUGAUAAAAGUCCCAACCGAUGAUGAGCUAUCCCUAAAGUCACGGUUUUCAGACUUGAAACGCGAUUUGACGUCUCUAACGGAAGAGGAAUGGCUACUGUUACCUGAAGCUGGAGAUAUGACGAGGAAAAAUAAGCGACUGCGAAUACUAGAGCAGCAACUGCAGAGACUUUAUACCGCCCCCGAUCUGAUUCUAGCGAAGGGAGUGGGGAUUGAACUGAACGAGUCCAUGUCAAAAGCAGAAAAAGAGGAUUUUUUGACUGCUCAAUUGGACAAUAUUGUCGCAAAUAAGAAUGGAAACGAUUCCAAAGUUUUGGAAAAUACAAUUUUGAGUUCAAAUGGUGCUGAUAGAGAUGCAAAAUUCGCCGACUUGAAAAAAGGUCGCUUGAUACUUUCUUCGUUACGAAAAACAGAACCAUACCGACCAAGCUCUUGGAUUCAAUCUGCAAGAUUGGAAGAGCAAGCAAAAAACUUCAACAAGGCAAGAGAAUUGAUUCUGCAGGGAUGUAAAACGAUACCUGGAGCGGAAGAGGUUUGGAUAGAGAAUGUGAGAAUCAAUAUGAAUGACAUUGAAUAUGCGAAAGCUAUUGUGAAAGAAGGGUUAAAGUACUGUAAGAGUUCUGUGAAUUUAUGGAUGAAAGCGAUCGAAUUGGAAGUGGAAAAGAAGUCAAAAAAGAGGAUGAUCAUGAGAGCGUUAGAGGAUCUUCCGCGAGGAGAUCAACUAUGGAAGCUCUUGAUUGAUAUAGAAGAUGAUGAGGAUGUUGUUCAAAAGUUGCUAACAAAAGCCAUUGAUCUUUGUCCAGCAACGUGGGAAUUUUGGAUAGCAUUGGUGAAUUUAUCUACGUACGAAGACGCAAAAAAGUAUUUAAACAGAGCAAGAAAGACUCUUCGCGGUGAUGUAAAAGUUUGGAUUGCAGCUUGUAAAUUGGAGGAACGAGAAAAUCCUGAUAUCCCUGAAGCUAAGAUACGAAAGUUAACGGACAAGGCGGUAAAUGAAAACCCUAAAGUACUGAGAUCAGAGUGGUUUGAUAUAGCGACAAAAGCAACAGAGGAAGGUUUUCCUAAAACAGGCAGAGAGGUUGUUUCAAGUUAUUUGAAGUCCCUGAGUAUUACUACAGAGGAAUUGCUCGUUGAAGCAGAAGAUCAAGCCAGGAAUAGUCAUUUAGUGGUCAUGAACUCUAUAGCAAACUACUUGGUGCAUUUGGAUUUGACUGACGUCAAUUUCUGGCAAAGGCUUAUGAAUACGGCUAGAAUGUAUCUGGAUACAGAAAAAUUACUCGAAUAUUACUCAACAGCAAUACUGAAGAACCCGGAUUCCGUGUUAUUAUACUUAAUGUACGCUAAAGAUGCAUGGAAGGUUGUUGACAACGUCACUAAAGCUCGUGAUAUUCUACAUCAUGCUGAUAGUAGAUUCGACGACGACCUGAUUAAAUUUGCAAGGAUCAAACUUGAGUUCAACACAGGGAACCUUGACCGAGCUGAAUUGAUUUGCCAAAAUAUCAUUGAAAAAGAACCAAAAAGGAAUGUUAAGUACUGGUACAAAUAUAUACACAUUUUGCGAUGCAAGGGAGAACUGUCGGAAAAGGUUUUAAUGCUCUCCAGUCAAGCAUUGAAUCUAUUUCCUCAAAACUGGAAACUUCAUAUGCAACAUGUUCAGAUAUGUAUGGAGGAUAUGGAAAAUCUCAAAUUCGCAAGGGAGGCUGCCGCUAUAUCAGUCAAAAAAUGUCCCGAUUCUACAAAAUUGUGGAUUACCUACUCAUCAAUAGAGGAGAAAUUGGGUGUUCUCAUCAAGGCAAGAUCCAUACUAGAUACCGCGUCUUUAACAAUUCCAAAUUCAGUAGAAAUAGCUGUGGCUCAUGUCGAACUUGAAAAACGACAAAAGAAUAUCAAGACCGCAAUCAAUUUAGCCAACAAAAACUUGAAACAGUUUCCUUCCAAUGCUUAUGUUUGGUAUCAACAUCUUUCACUUAUACCGAAAAUGUCACUCCGAAAACCUGAGUUUGUCAAUGCAUUACAAAAGACUGAUAAUUCUCCAGAAAUUUUGCUUUACUUGGGUGUUUUGUUUUGGAAAGAUGGGAAGUUUGUUAAAGCAAAGUCAUGGCUUGACAGAAGUUUGAAUGCGGAUUCUACAAAUGGGGGGACAUGGGCGUGGUUAUACACUUACUGGAAGCAUAACGGUAACGAUGAUAAUAUGUCAUCAUUUUUGGAUGACUUCAAUGCCAAAUUCGACGAUAUUAAAAAAGGCAACACAUUCAAAGAGGUUCAGAAAGAUCCAAAGAAUUACCAGAUGCCACACAGAGAGCUUUUGGAACUGGUGUCCUCAAAAUUGUUAAAAUCGUAA